UCUCUCUCUUCUUCCUCUCUUCUUAUCAGCAACACAGAGCUUUCAUUUCCAUGGCUACUCUGAGCUUCAAUGCCGCCAGGCUCAGAACCCCACCACCCCAAUCUCUUAAACCCAACCUCAAUUUCCCUUCUUUCGUAAAACCCGCAAAUGUUCUCUCCCAAAGUAUGCCCAGAAAUCGCUUACUCGUGCAGAAAUUCCACUUAAAUUCAGUCUCUGAGGGCUCGGUCUCGACGCAGAAGGAUGCUGAAGUCGGCGAAGAAGAUGGAGAAGAAGACCAAGCACAGGAGGAGGAAGAUUAUGAUGACCCGACAGCGGAGCUGAGCUAUCUCGACCCCGAGACCGAUCCCGAGAGCAUAACAGAGUGGGAGCUCGACUUCUGCUCCAGGCCGAUCCUCGACAUUCGGGGCAAGAAGGUGUGGGAGCUCGUGGUCUGUGACGACUCGCUCUCUCUUCAGUACACGAAGUACUUCCAGAACAAUGUCAUCAACAGCAUCACCUUGAAGGAUGCUAUCGAGUCCAUCAGUGAGGAGCUGGGCUUGCCUUUACCUGAGAAAGUUCGCUUCUUCAGGUCUCAAAUGCAGACAAUCAUAACGAAAGCAUGCAAGGAGCUCGGCAUUAAACCUGUACCGAGCAAGAGGUGUCUAUCGCUACUUUUGUGGCUUGAAGAACGAUACGAGACUGUAUAUACACGGCAUCCUGGUUUCCAGAAAGGAUCUAAGCCCCUUCUCGCUCUGGACAACCCUUUCCCAAUGGAACUGCCCGAGAAUUUGUUUGGAGAGAGGUGGGCUUUCGUCCAACUGCCGUAUUCAGCUGUCCAAGAGGAAAUCUCAUCCUUGAAGACAAGAUACGUGUUUGGGGCAGGUCUUGAUUUGGAUCUAUUGGGGAUUGAAAUCGAUGACAAGACAUUGAUUCCAGGGUUGGCUGUCACAUCAUCCCGUGCUAAACCGCUGGCAGCUUGGAUGAAUGGACUGGAAGUUUGUGCGCUUGAAGCUGACACGAGCAAAGCCUCCUUGAUACUCUCGGUCGGAAUUUCAACACGGUACAUUUAUGCUACCUAUAGGAAAACUCCGGUAACAACAAGUGAAGCCGAAGCUUGGGAAUCUGCGAAGAAAUCCUGUGGGGGCUUGCAUUUCCUCGCCAUUCAAGAAGACUUGGAUUGUGAUGACUGUGUUGGGUUUUGGCUUCUUCUCGACAUGCCUCCUCCCCCUGUAUAAAUUUUUGACUUGCAGAUAAAUAGAGAAUACAAUGUGUAACACAGUAUCUCUUUCAAUCGCCAUUAUCUUCGGCUUCUAUUAUUAAGGAUAAAUGCUUAACUAAGGUUCUGUAGUUUGUGUC